AUGAAAACACCUCAAAAGCAAAGGCUUGAAGUGAUAGGCACCUACCAAUAUGUGGUCACUUUUCUCUUCAUGGGCCUUUCCUGCACCCUUCUGGUCUUCUUUCUCCAUUUUACCCGGCUCUGGUCCUUCUCUGUUCUCUAUUUCGAGUGGCUGUACCUGGACUGGAACACACCCAUCCAAGGUGGAAGGAACAGCAGGUGGAUGAGAAAGUGGACAAUCUGGAAACACCAGAGAGAUCAUUUCCCUCGAAAGACAGUUGCUACUGAAAACUCAGAGCUGCCGGCUGACCGGAAUUACGUGCUGGGUGCCCACCCCCAUGGGAUCAUGAGCACAGGAAUCUUCUGUAAUUUCUCCACGGACAGCAACGCCUUCUCCUAGCUCCUUUUCGGGCUUAGGCCUUGGGUGGCCACUGCUGGACUCUUCUAUCUCAUUGGCCCACUUCUGUCCGCAGGGCUGUGUCCUGUGAGUCGACAGAGUCUGGACUUCAUUCUGUCACAGCCCCAGCUUGGCCAGGCAGUGACCAUCCUGAUUGGGAGUGCCCAGGAAGCCCUGUACGCUGUUCCAGGGGAGCACUGCAUCACACUGAGGACACGGAAAGGCUUUGUGCACCUGGGGCUAAGGCAAGGGGCCUCCCUCGUGCCUGUGUAUUCCUUUGGGGAGAAUGAUAUCUACAGAAUCAAGUCUUUUGACCAAAACUCCUGGCAGCAUCGAUGCCAAAUUGCCUUCAAGAGACUCAUGGGAUUUUCCCCCUGCAUCUUCUGGGGCCGUAGUCUCUUCUCGGCCAACCUCUGGGGUCUGGUACCAUUUGCCCAGCCCAUCACUACUGUGGUGGGCCGCCCCAUCCCUGUGCCCCAGUCCCUCAAGCCCACCGAAGACCAAGUGGAUCCUUAUCACCGGCUCUACAUGAAGGCUCUGAAGCGAUUGUUUGCAGACCACAAGGAGGCCUGUGGUGUCCUUGCUUCCACGCACCUCACCUUCCUUUAG